CUCUGGCAACUCCACCCCGGUCAAAACAAGACACCCUCAUUUCUCUAUCUACGACCGUCUCUUUCUCUCUCUACAACCAUUCCUUUCUCUCUCUAGGCAUCCACUACAGCAACAUAGCGCACAAGGAGUUUGAUGUGAUUUGAAGUUCUAGUCAGCUUAAACAUGAAGGUUAUAUUGUCUUGUGUUACUGCCUGUUUUACAAAAAAGGCAGCUUCUCCAAUUAAGCACACAGUAGACAUUGAGGAAGAGGUUUCAAGCGUUGAGAAUGUUAUACGUUACAGUUACAAAGAGUUGCGAAUUGCCACCAAUGACUUUAGUAUAUCUAAUAAAAUUGGGGAAGGAGGUUUUGGUUCUGUCUACAAGGUGCUUUCUGCCGAGUCAAAGCAGGGUUUGCGGGAGUUCUUGACAGAGAUAAUGGUGAUUUCAGAUGUAGAGCAUGAGAACCUGGUUAAGCUGUAUGGUUGUUGUGCCGAAGAAAACCAUAGAAUGUUGGUGUAUGGCUAUCUUGAAAAUAACAGCCUUGCUCAAACUCUUCUUGGGGAUGGGCACAGUAGCAUUCAAUUUAGUUGGAAAACACGGACUAGAAUUUGCAUUGGAGUUGCACGGGGACUUGCAUAUCUUCACGAGGAAGUCCGGCCUCAUAUUGUUCACAGAGACAUCAAGGCAAGCAAUGUUCUCCUGGACAAAGACCUCACUCCCAAGAUUUCAGAUUUUGGUCUCGCAAAACUUUUCCCUGCUAACCUGACUCAUAUUAGCACACGUGUCGCUGGAACAGUAGGCUAUUUAGCCCCUGAGUAUGCCAUACGAGGCCAGUUAACGAGGAAAGCAGAUGUUUAUAGUUUUGGUAUUCUACUCUUGGAAAUUGUUAGUGGACGUUGCAACACAAACAAGCAGUUAGCAGUUGACAAACAAUAUCUUCUUGAAAGGGUAUGGGAACUGUACGAGAGAGGGAAGCUGGUGGAAUUGGUGGACUCAUCAUUGGAAGGGGAAUAUGAUGUUGAUGAGGCUUGCAGAUUCUUGAAGAUUGGUCUUCUUUGCACCCAAAACAUGCCAAAGAUCCGGCCAUCAAUGUCUAAUGUGGUGAAGUUGCUAACGGGUGAGAUGGAAGUGGAUGACAAUGCAAUAUCAGAGCCAGGCCUAAUUUUUGAGCUAAUGGGUCUGAGAAGCGAAAAGCAUAAUACAUCAAAUACAUUAUCUUCCGGCUUGGAGAACCUGAAUAAUUCCUCAUCUUCAGGGAACACAAACACAUCAUAUGCCACAAUGACCUUCACGUCAAUAUAUGACCGAAGUACUUAAGCUGUGAGAUUGUCAAAGAUAGUUUGGUUGCGUGAAUCUAUCCUCUGGAAUGGGGAGCAGCCAAGCCCAAAAGACGGAUUGCAGUGUAUCAGUGCAACCGACUCUAUAGGAUCAAUUCAAGGAUUUCAUGAGAUGAGUUUCUUUCAUUUUUUCCCCCUUAUCAUUCGUGAUUGUGCUUCCAUUUUCUGCAUGGCUGCCCUCGACGUGGUCAAGUUGAACAGAAAAAUCAUGUACAAAGUCGAAAGGAGCAAGUCAAUCCCCAGGGACCAUACAAGUAUUCUUUCGAUGUACAUAGCUUUUGUGUAUAAGGUGUAAUUCUGUAGGAAUUACUGGUAGAUCUGACUUGCUAAAGGCCAAAUGAAUCGGAAACAAGCUGCUUUGUGUUGUCAAGCAUAACUUUUUGGGAUGUUGAAUUUGCUGUAAGAUUCUAUUGGAUAGAAAAGAGCUUCACAAUAUUCAAUAAAAG